AUGGCAGCAACAGUCAGUAUGGCAUCAAACUUGGAAGAAAACAUUCGCACUUUGGUACAGACAAAAGGCAUUCGCAUUAAUGAAUUUUUUCAUGAUUUUGACAAACUGCGAUCAGGAUAUAUUACAGCACCACAGUUUUUUCGCUGUCUUUGGCAAACCCUGUCACUGAAACUCAACGAAGAGGAAGAGCGUGAACUGUGCAGGAAAUAUGGCAUAUCACCUGAUGGAAGAAUCAAUUACAAGCAGUUUUGUCAUGCAAUUGAUGUGAACUUUGACCCCCAAAAUGUUUAUAUGCCACCUGAAAGUCAGAAGAAUGAGCCUUUAGAGUACCUCGGAACACUACGCACCAAACGCCCGCUCCCGGUGGACUCAGAAUCAAGACUUGUUGAAAUUCUGCGUCGUUUGCAGCAGUAUUGCAAAAUCAGGAGCAUAAAUUUGAAAUAUCAGUAUGAAGAUUUCGACAAACACCAUAAAGGAGUUAUAACUGAAAGUCAGUUCUAUAGAAAUUUUCCUGGUCCUGUGGACACCAGCGAUGAAGACAUGAAAGUUCUCGUAGAGAAAUACACUGACCCUAGCCAGCCAGGCUUUAUCAACUACCUGAAUCUCCACAAUGACAUUUUAGCUGUUCAUAGGUUUGUGGCGAAGGAGAAGGAACCAGAAACAGCUUUGAAAGAGAGAAAUACUGACUUUGUGCCCUUGUUUCCAUCACAUGAACCAGCCCUGUCAGAGAUAUUCCAGAAAAUUAGUAUCGCAGUAUUCAAACACGGCAUCCGCAUGGUUGAUUUUUUCAAAGACCAUGACAAACUCAGGAGUGGCGUGAUUACAGAAAGCCAGUUUAUCUGUGGUCUGAGUUUAGCUUGCGGGAAAGAAGCACAAAUACAACGACCUGAAAUACAAAAGGUGGUCGAGUAUUAUCGUCUUCCCGAUGGCAGAGUUCAGUACAAGGAGUUCUGUGAUGCCAUGGAAAAUGCAUUUAAUAUUCCUCAUUUGGAAAAGAAACCAACAGAGAGUGCUCAGAGACCUGGAAAGGGGACUUUGUUUCGAGGUUUGAAGCCACUAAAUGAGAAAGAAGAGGAGAGAAUAAAGAAAGUUCUGGACACUAUAGCAGACAAAGUUUCAAAGGAAAGAAUCAUGGUGUAUCAGUAUUUCAAGGAUUUUGACAGAUCAAAAGCGUACACAAGAGUUGUAACACCAUCGCAGUUUUGCCGCAUCCUUCACUUUCUAGGGCUCAACAUAAACAAUGAGGAUUUGAGGCUAGUUCUGAACAAAUUCCAGGAUCCAACAACUGGUGAUGUCAACUAUCCUGCCUUCGUCCAGGCUGUGGAUAAAGAAUUUGUUGGCCACACAAUGGAUGAUGUAGAUAAUCUGGAGACAGACGUGACAAAAGUGAAAGCAAAAACUGAAAAUGAUACCAAACAGGUUGAGAGUUCUCCAGUUUUGUUUGAAGAACUCAUGGCCAGGAUUCGCCACAUUGUACUUGUUAACAGACUUCGGGUGAUUGAGUACUUCCAGGACUAUGAUGCACUCAGAAGUGGAUCUAUUAGUAUUGGCCAGUUCAGAAGGGGUCUGGCUUUAAUGGGACUAAGCAAAAUUGGCCAUCAUGAUCUGAAUGAUACUCAGUUUGGCAUGCUCGUGGAGCAUUAUCGAAACCCUCAAAAACCUGACCAGAUCUUGUGGACUAAGUUCCAUGAUGACAUAGAAAGUGUGUUUACUCAGGAGAGACUGGAACACACCCCAACUGCUGUAGUGCCUCGUCAAGAACUAUUCUGUGUUCCUAAUCCCGGUACAAUUGACUGGAGCAACGCAUCCAAGGAACAUAUGGAUCUCUAUAAUGCAACCAUGGAUCGUAUGCGACACAGAGUGAAGAACAGACGCAUUCUUUGCAAGCCAGUUUUCCAGGAUUUUGACAGACACAAUAUAGGUCACAUAACCUGCUCUCAGUUUCAACAAUGUUUUAAAAUUCUGGAGAUUCCUGUCAAUGAGCAAGAACUGCAUGCCCUUGAAGCACUUUACAGUAAUGAUAUGGGUAUCAAUUAUCUGAAGUUCUUGGCAGACCUGGAGCCAUCAGAACCGAUACAACUGAUGUAUAUCAAACGCAUUGAGGAAUUAAGAAAGGUCAAUGCUAAAAAGACACUGCCGGAACAGAAACCUGUAACGGAUCUUGAUAGUGUGCUUCUGAAGAUCAAAACAAAAGUCUGUAAAGAGAGAAUUAGAAUUUAUGAAUUCAUGAAAGAUUAUGACAAGCUACGUUCAGGACGUAUGCUGAAAAAUCUAUUCAGGAGGGCGCUCAGUCUUGCUCGACUGGAUUUGCAAGAAUCAGAAAUUGCUAUUCUAGAAGACAGGUACCAGUCAGGUUUUGACGUUGACUGUGUAGAGUACCUGAACUUCUGUAAGGAGAUAGAGUCUAUAUUUACAAAGGACAAUCUGGAGAAGUUCCCCCAAGAAGAAGUCACACAGUUCAAACCAAAUGAAGAAUGGACCAUCAGUCAACUUAGUGAGCAAGACGAGGAUUGUGUCAGGAAGUGCAUGCUGUGCAUUGCUGAGAAGGUAUACAAAGAACGCAUCCAGCUGUUCCCAAUGUUUGAAGACUACGACAGUGUACACACUGGGGCAGUGUCCAAGUCUCAGUUCAGACGAGUCAUGUCAACUCUUGGCUUUGCUAAUGUGGCUAGUGACACAGAGUUUGAACUUCUGGGCAAGAAAUUUCAAGCACAAGUUGGAGGUCGUACAGAUGUAAACUACAUUGCUUUGUGCAAGAGUAUCUAUGAUUUAGCAGGAUUUGAAAACAGUAAACCAUAA